ACCUCAUGACCCAGGGGAUUUUGGCCUUGGUCACGUCGACUGGCUGCGCGUCUGCCAACGCCCUGCAGUCACUCACAGAUGCGAUGCACAUCCCACACCUCUUUGUCCAGCGCAACCCAGGGGGGUCUCCGCGCACUGCCUGCCACUUGAACCCCAGCCCUGAUGGUGAGGCCUACACAUUGGCCUCCAGACCGCCCGUGCGCCUCAAUGACGUCAUGCUCAGGCUGGUGACAGAGCUGCGUUGGCAGAAGUUUGUCAUGUUCUACGACAGCGAGUACGAUAUCCGUGGGCUCCAAAGCUUUCUGGAUCAGGCCUCGCGGCUGGGCCUUGACGUCUCUUUACAAAAGGUGGACAAGAACAUUAGCCACGUGUUCACCAGCCUCUUUACCACCAUGAAGACAGAGGAGCUGAACCGCUACCGGGACACACUACGCCGAGCCAUCCUUCUGCUCAGCCCGCAGGGGGCCCACUCCUUCAUCAACGAGGCCGUGGAGACCAACCUGGCUUCCAAGGACAGCCAUUGGGUCUUUGUGAAUGAGGAAAUCAGCGACCCAGAGAUCCUGGAUCUGGUGCACAGCGCCCUUGGCAGGAUGACCGUGGUCCGGCAGAUCUUCCCAUCUGCAAAGGACAACCAGAAAUGCAUGAGGAACAACCACCGCAUCUCCUCCCUGCUCUGUGACCCCCAGGAAGGCUACCUUCAGAUGCUGCAGAUCUCCAACCUCUACCUGUAUGACAGUGUCCUGAUGCUGGCCAAUGCCUUCCACCGGAAGCUGGAGGACCGGAAGUGGCACAGCAUGGCAAGCCUGAAUUGUAUUCGCAAGUCCACCAAGCCAUGGAAUGGAGGAAGGUCCAUGCUGGACACAAUAAAAAAGGGCCACAUCACUGGCCUCACAGGGGUGAUGGAGUUUCGGGAGGACAGCUCGAAUCCCUACGUCCAGUUUGAAAUCCUCGGCACAACCUAUAGUGAGACCUUUGGCAAAGACAUGCGGAAGUUGGCGACGUGGGACUCAGAGAAAGGCCUGAAUGGCAGCCUGCAAGAGAGGCCAAUGGGCAGCCGCCUCCAAGGACUGACUCUCAAAGUGGUGACUGUCUUGGAAGAGCCUUUCGUGAUGGUGGCUGAGAACAUCCUUGGACAGCCCAAGCGCUACAAAGGGUUUUCAAUCGAUGUCCUGGAUGCACUGGCCAAGGCUCUGGGCUUCAAAUAUGAGAUUUACCAAGCCCCCGAUGGCAGGUAUGGUCACCAGCUCCAUAACACCUCCUGGAACGGGAUGAUCGGGGAGCUCAUCAGCAAGAGAGCAGACUUGGCCAUCUCUGCCAUCACGAUCACCCCAGAGAGGGAGAGCGUUGUGGACUUCAGCAAGCGGUACAUGGACUAUUCAGUGGGGAUCCUAAUCAAGAAGCCCGAGGAGAAAAUCAGCAUCUUCUCUCUUUUUGCUCCAUUUGAUUUUGCUGUCUGGGCCUGCAUUGCAGCAGCCAUCCCUGUAGUGGGCGUGCUGAUAUUUGUGCUGAAUCGGAUACAGGCCGUGAGGGCUCAGAGUGCUGCCCAGCCCCGACCAACCGCAUCGGCCACCUUGCACAGUGCCAUCUGGAUAGUCUACGGAGCCUUUGUACAGCAAGGUGGCGAAUCCUCAGUUAACUCCAUGGCCAUGCGCAUCGUGAUGGGCAGCUGGUGGCUCUUCACCCUCAUCGUGUGCUCCUCCUACACGGCGAAUCUUGCUGCAUUCCUCACCGUGUCCAGGAUGGACAACCCCAUAAGGACAUUCCAGGACCUCUCCAAACAAGUUGACAUGUCUUACGGCACCGUCCGGGAUUCUGCUGUGUACGAGUACUUCCGAGCCAAGGGCACCAACCCCCUGGAACAAGACAGCACGUUUGCUGAACUCUGGCGGACCAUCAGCAAGAACGGAGGUGCUGACAACUGUGUGUCCAGUCCUUCGGAAGGUAUCAGGAAGGCAAAGAAGGGGAACUACGCCUUUUUGUGGGAUGUGGCAGUGGUGGAGUACGCAGCCCUAACAGAUGACGACUGCUCUGUGACUGUCAUUGGCAACAGCGUCAGCAGCAAGGGCUACGGGAUCGCCCUGCAGCACGGCAGCCCCUACAGGGACCUUUUCUCCCAGAGGAUCCUGGAGUUGCAGGACACUGGGGACCUGGACGUGCUCAAGCAGAAGUGGUGGCCGCAUAUGGGCCGCUGUGACCUCACCAGCCACGCCAGUGCCCAGGCUGACGGCAAAUCGCUCAAGCUGCACAGCUUCGCUGGGGUCUUCUGCAUCUUGGCCAUCGGCCUCCUCCUUGCCUGCCUGGUGGCCGCCCUGGAGUUGUGGUGGAACAGCAACCGGUGCCACCAGGAGACCCCCAAAGAGGACAAAGAAGUGAAUCUGGAGCAGGUUCACCGGCGCAUGAACAGUCUAAUGGACGAAGACAUUGCUCACAAACAGAUUUCCCCAGCGUCCAUUGAGCUUUCGGCCCUGGAGAUGGGGGGCCUGGCUCCCAGCCAGGCCUUGGAGCCGACGCGAGAGUACCAGAACACACAGCUCUCGGUCAGCACUUUUCUGCCAGAGCAAAGCAGCCACGGCCCCAGCCGGACACUCUCGUCAGGGCCUAGCAGCAACCUGCCGCUGCCCCUGAGCAGCUCGGCCACCAUGCCCUCCAUGCAGUGCAAACACAGGUCGCCCAACGGGGGGCUAUUCCGCCAGAGCCCGGUGAAGACCCCCAUCCCCAUGUCCUUCCAGCCUGUGCCGGGAGGCGUCCUUCCUGAGGCCUUGGACACCUCCCACGGCACCUCCAUCUGACCGCACCGCCCGCCCCCCCGCCCGCCGUCCACCCACCCGACCAGCAGAGCUUUUUAAUACAAGACAACGACAACACAAACCACACACACAUGCGCACACACACACACAAAGACUCUUUCAUUUUUCUUGUACAUAUGUGUAAAUAAUGACAGAAUGGAGUGGGGUAAAAGUGUAUUUUGAAUAUUCCCAAUUUUCGAAGUCAGUAAAAAAAAAAACACAAAAACUGUA